AUGUCUUCCUAUCGGCUGCCCAGUGAAUCCGGUUUUCCUUUCUCUUUUCUCGAUCUUUCUUAUCUUCUACUUUUCAUCCUUUACACCCUCUCAUCCCCACACCUACCCACUUGCUUUCUUACGUCCUAUCUUUUCUCCUUCACACUCGCUUAUUCACACCUUCUCUCCUCUCGCCAAUUUACCUCCUGCCUUUCUUACAUCACACCUUUUUAUUCCCACCUCCUCCACUGUUGCUUUCUUACCUCCUACUAUUUUUCUUCUGAUUCUCCCUCACCUCUCGCUAUCUUACCUCCUACCUUUUCUCCUACAAAUUCUCUUUUACUCUAUCUUUGUAUUCUUACCUCCAACCACACCUCUUUAUUAGUCACCCCUCUGCAUUUCGCUUUCUUCCCUUUCCAUCUUCACACUCUUCAUUUUACCCCUCUUUCGCUUUCUUACCUCAUACCUUUCCUUUUUCACAUUCACUUUUCUCGCUUUGCUUUCUUACCUCUUACAUUUCCCCAUUCACCUUCUCUUAUUCCUCCUGCCCCUUUUGCUUUCUUAACUCUUACCGUUCCUCCUUUAAAUUCUCUUCCUCUACCGAUUCGCUAUUUUUUAACUCAUACCUUUCCUCCUUCAGCUUCUCUUAUUCCACUCCUCAUUUCUCUUUCUUAA